CGCCCAUCGCGCUCGCCCCGCCCACGCGCGCGGGGAGGAGCUGGGCAGCGGGGCCGAGAGGUCGGCAGGCUCCGGGCGCUGGGACCGACUUCGGGGCGGCGGCGCAGUAGGCGGGUUCAUAUGGGAAGGACAUUGGAGUGAACCUCUUCAGCAUCCCCAGCGGUCCUUCUUGCAUUGAGAUUGAAAGAAUGUACUACCAGCUGCACCGAUGACUCCGCGGUGAAGACGGCUUGCUGCUCUUCCAGGGGACUGGAGUUCAGUUCCCAACAGAUUUCAGGGAAAAAUAAUCAUUGAAGAUGUCCAGCAAAACAGCAAGUACCAACAACAUCGCCCAGGCUAGGAGAACAGUGCAGCAGUUAAGACUGGAAGCCUCCAUCGAAAGAAUAAAGGUGUCAAAGGCAUCUGCAGACCUCAUGUCCUAUUGUGAGGAACAUGCCAGGAGUGACCCUCUGCUGAUUGGCAUCCCAACCUCGGAAAACCCUUUCAAGGAUAAAAAGACCUGUAUCAUCUUAUAGUGAUGUGGAGAAGCAACUCCUCACUUUUCUCAAGCGCGCAAACCACGAGCAGCAACUUGAAGAGAUCUGCCUUCCGCUUACCUGGUAAACACUGCUUAGCAACGAAAAUGCUCUUCUCAGAAUAACGGGCUCCGAAGUCUUUCUUUCCAAUUGUCCUUUCUUUACCCUUUACUGAUUUCAUACAGAAUAAUCAUCUUACUUUCUAUUUGGUAACUAUGGUAUCAUAUUGGGCUACUGUAUAAGGAAAGUGCAGAAGGUAGGGGAAGCUUGUCUUUACAACAUAAUGUCAAGACCUAAAUUGUCUAAGCACCUGCAAAUUAAAAUGUCAAAAAUCACUUCAGUUCUAAACUUUUAUAUUAUGUUCUUGAUAAGGUUUGUACCAACCUGUAUAGCAUACAAGGGGCCCAGGGAGGGGGUAUCUGCAUCUACCUGUGUAUGUGCACUGUUGACACUAACCUCACUGAAACUCUCAUUGCUGUAACAUCAGCUCCUCAAUUCCAGAACUUAUACCUUUAUCUUGAGCUCUGUGUAGGUAGAAUAAAAAACUGUUUCCAUAUAGGUUUUGUACAAAAAGUAAAGAAAGAACAUUGUAAAGAUCAUCUUCAUUGUAAUGAGAUGAUCCUGUCAUCUCUCCUCUAUUGAAAUCUUGCUGAGCCUUUUGGGCUGCAAUAAACUGUACCAGUUAAAAACCUAAGGCUGAACUGAAAGCCCUUUGAUAAUUCACACCAAACCUUUGGGCCUCCAUGAUCCCGAGACUAAGAAUGAGGAAGAGAUCCGUGGGAGGGCCCUGGGUGGCAGCUACACUCUGGAGCUCAUAAUUUCUGAUGGAUUGGGGGUGGAUACCUCAGAAACUUCCACCCUGAUGGCUGGAACAAGAGGCAGUGAACUGUGAGCCUCACCAAGAGGAGAGCAGAAGUCUGUGAAAACAGCUUUUCUCCUGGGUCCAGAUUUGCAGGUAGCCAGUUUCUCCUUGCCUGCAUGGUAUUGUCUGCCCUUUGCUGCUAGAACAUCUGUUUUCAGGGGGUACAUUCCCUCCUCUCCAGCCCUACUUAGAUGGAACACAAUGAAAUAGAAACAUUCAAGCACUGUAAAGGUUCAAGACACUUACUUAAGUUCUUUGUAGAUAUCUGCAGUUUCAUUCCUGCUAUGUCUACAAACCAGCCAAUGGGAGGGAACACUCCCAAGAGGAGGCUUGCAUUCUACAGAAUAGCCCCAACAGCUGGGUUGGGUAUUAAGAGCCUCAGUUUCACUCUGAUCAUGAUGAUAGCCCUCACUUCCUCCCAGUGUCUGGUGAGUCCCAGAGGCACAUACCUGCCAGGACCAAAGAGGUAUCUUGACUUUGUCACAAAGAAAAAGUCUAUUUUAGAUGUUCAUCUAGAGGCCCAAGGCAAACACAAUGCCUGUGAUAUUUUUAUUCAUCUUCAGUUCAUCCAAGUAUUAAUGAAGGGUUUUAAGAAGUGUUCUCAGAAAGUACAGUCCCAAAGAUUUAGUUACAGAAUUUCCCCUAUUUGUGUACAGUGUGUCCUAAAAGAGAAUCUCUUUACAUGUCUAAUGCCUGGGUUUUGGACAGCAUGCUCCUCAAUAGUAAACAAGUGCAGUACUAUUUCUAAAAGGCUCAGAGACGUACAGUAUUCCUCCCAGGCAUCUGUCUGCUCAACACUCUGAACUAACCCGUGAAAGUCAUGGCGCUGCCCUGACCUGUUCUCAAGCACCACUUAGUCCUCAAGGGAUUUGGAGGCACCUGUUUAGAAGAGAGAAAGCUUUUACCUUUCAAAAGGUAAAUUGGAAAUGUACAUCAAAAAGACAAUUUUUACAUUGAAUGGAACAUUCUUUUUUUUUACAAGUAUAUUUUUCUACUGAUAGUUUCAGAACACUAAUCUUGUAUUCACUCUAGUUUUGAACAUGUUUCUUUAAAUAUUUAUAAUGUAGUUUAGUACAGAAUAUUUUCAUGAAAUUACUUUAUUAUACCAUUGUGUGCACAUUAUUGGUAGCAAACACAGUAUAUUCUUUAGUACUUAAACAUGUAAUUGUUAAAAUGCUUGUAACGGCAAGACAUGAACUUGAGGCCCCCAAGAGAUUUCAUUGCAUUUUCAUUGGUUAGAGAGAAUAAACGACUACAAAAGUCUUGUAACUUCCUAACCAGGUAUAGGCUAUGCUCAUGAAAGAAAUGAAAUCCAGUCCUUGGAUGUUGGACCCAAGAGGGGGGAAAUUAUAGCCAAAUGUUUAUUUACUUAUAACUAGAUGUCUAUGUGAGAAAAUAUAAUAUAUGUACACAUAUAUAUGAUAUGCAGAAGUCACUUUUAUCUACCUGGCUUCAUUCUACAUAGGAAGCCAGAGUUUAACUGUCUGCAGCAGUUGAUGCCCUGUGUGUCACACACACACACACACACACACACACACACACUUCUUGGCUUCAUUUCUAAGAAACUGUUUAAAUGUGUUCAUCUGUUUUGUCUGUAAUGCCACUUCUGUAACAGUGAUUUUUUUUUUUUUUUUUUAUUCUUGUAUCUUCCAUAGCUCAUCACAGAUUGGUCCAGUUGAGGCCUCUGAACCGUGGCAAGAUAGGGCAGACAAAAUUUCAAGACUCCAAAAUAUUUAACAGAAAUACACACUUUUUAAAAAUAGGAAAAAUACUUUAUUUGCCAGGUGGUUCACAAGCUGUGGGUUGUAACUCAAUCUUUUUCUAAAAUCAGGUUUUUUAAAUUCUUUAUGAAAAUGAGAAAGUACCAUACUUACAUCUUCAAGAAACAGCCUGAUUGCUUUCUCCAUGUUUGGAUUAUGUUUGUAUUUUGCUAAUCUUUAAACUAUCAAGGGAGAACUUUAUGCCAAUGAGUUAGUAAUUUUGACAUAUAGUUUACAUAGUGUAAGAUGUGCCAAAUUGGGGCUGGUGGCCCAACAGGUAAAAGCACUUGCCACCAAGCCUGGCAACCUGAGUUCAAUCCCUAGGACUCACAUAGUAGCAGGAGAGAACUGACUCCUGUGAGUUGUCCUCUGACCUCCACAAGCUUGCCGUGGCAUAAGCACGUGCUUGUGCACACACCUACACGUGUACACACAGUAAAAAGAAAAUAAAAAAAUUUUUAAAGGAUGUGCCAAAUUAUCUCUUCAGAUGCCACCUCUCAGCCAAUUUAUAACAAGGGUAGUACCGUCAGACUUGUCCCAGUGUGAAAGUUGAGCACACGCAGCAGCCCCGGGGGUAUUCCCAGUGAGAUAAAUGUAAUACAGAAGUAUGCUAUAAAGGUGUUGCUUUCUUUCAUGGUAAGCCUGUUAGUGGGAAAAUUACAUCAAAUCAGAUAGAAUAAAACACCUGGAGUGGGUGGCCUGGUCAGUCCUGUGCCAUGUGACUUUGGACAGGGCACUUGAGCUCUCUCAGCCUCCACUUCCCCUUUUGUCACAAGGGAGUGGAAGCAGGUGGGAGCUGAGAUUCCUCCUUUCCCAGAUGCCUUGGCUCACUGACCUGCCUCUGCUGGUUCUUCCAAUGUGUUGGUGCUAUAAGCUGCUUUGAAUAUAAAAUUGGUUUGUCUAUAUAAUGUGUGCUCACUUAACAGCUUAUGAAAGACCUUUUGUUAUACAGUGCCUUUUCCUGGGUUUAUGGACUUAGUUACUGUAUUGAUGUCUUAUUUUUAGCCUUGUAACUACAAACACCUAUUUUCUUACGUUUCAGUAAAAUUUCAUUUGCUAAAUCGUUGUUGAGAUUUUGUUAUUUUAUAACAUUCUUUGGCUACUUAUCUAUCCAGUAUCUUAAAUACCUUAACACUGUGAUCUUUGUUUGGAAGUCUAGUCUAUGGAAAGAAUUUUUACAAAGCAUUUUUUUUCACUUGCUAGCAUGCCCACAGAUUUGGGAGACGUUUCAUUAAAAAUAUCAUUGCUUUA